CCAAGAGCGGACGUAACCCCGCUCGUUUCAGCAGCCUUCUCCCGAUUUCUUUCUUCGCCUUCCCCAUGACAGUGCCAGAUAUCUCUUCUCUCUACAUCACCAAAUCCUCUUCAAAAUCUUCUUUCUCGGAUGACAUUAAUGACAGCCGCGUCCUCAGCGACCAUGACCUCCACAAACUCAAAUGCUACGCAAAAUCGCUCCCUUACGCUAUCGAAUCGACCUCAAGUAUGAUGGAACUCCUCGAUUUCAUCAUUCUUCGCAUUGUGCAAUGCGUUGAGGCGAGAGAUUAUGAUGUUGGGCUCCUGCAGUGGGACAGUAUGCUCAGCUACUACUGGACCAUGCUCAAGUAUCCCAUUCCCAAGGAGAAGAGGAUUCGUCUUGCCAAGAUCUAUUUUUAUGUUAGCACGAUACCGGGCAUGUCCACUCAAAUGGUGGCGACGUGUUCAGAUGCGUUCAAGCUUUUAACAAAGUCGAAGAAGCGAAUUUCUAUCGAAGAUAUGCGUCUACCGUGGAAGCCCAUAUACGACAUACUGAAGCAAGACCUCUUCUUGAGCCGGAGGCAGUUUGAGUAUACGCAGCUGUCGUGGUGUAUGGGCUACAUGGCAGAGAAUUCUCGAAAGUUCUUUCAUCCCGCUGCUAUCGAUGAAAUGCUCUCCACUUUCGUCCCUCAGUUCAACGGGACUGACCUGGAUAGCAUAUUGUCUUCACAAUAUUACCUUCUUACCUUCCUUCCAUUAACCCAUCCCCAAUCGUAUCUCCCUAUGCUUCUUCGGAUGUGGGAAUCAAUAAACUCCUACGCCUACGAUGAAAGGAUGUUGCAUUUUCUUUCCAAAUUGACGGAAAUGCACGUUUCACCUGAAGUCAGUGACCCUCGUAAGAUUACGGAGAUACCUGACGACGAGAGGUCUGAAGGAGAGCAACGGCCAAGGUGGUCACAAGAUGAUCUGAAGGAAGAUGAUGUCUGGCAUGGUCUUUACAAAGACGUGGGUAUAUUCACUGAACAUGAAUGGGGCCUGUUGAUGUGUAAAUGUCUUGCGUCGAUGGAGAUACCUCUGGCCGACACUGGCUCUCUAAGCACGGCACCAACUGCGGACAACCAGAUGGGAUUCGAGAUAGGCCGUCUGCCUAAAGCUAACUGGAGAAUACCGUCUCUGGCCCGUAUCAUUGUCUACUCAAUGGCUCCGGAUGGUUUCCCCGGCCCUUCGUCCACGGCACCCACGCCUCUGAUGACGCCAUUGCCAUCUGGAAUGAACACACCGCAAAUUCAGUCUAGUACUUUGAAAGAAUUUCUGUCUGUUCCUCUGGGGAAAACCGCGCCAUCUAAAGGAAAAACAUAUCUUGCUGGAUCGAAGGCAUUGGAUUCUCUAGCCAAGUUGAUCGCAUCGACUGAAAGCUUCUUCCAUCCAUCAAACUCUGGGGCGUGGACUACCGAUCUGAGCGCUUUCAUCAAAUAUAUUGUCUACGAUUUCAACAAGCGAUGGCAUGAGGAACAACAAUCCGAUUGCAAAACUCCAUUGAACCGAAGGCUGACAAGAAGUAUGAAACGAGAACUCGUCAAGUGUUUGAGAACUGUAGCCCUUCUGGCAAUGUUCUCACAAGAUAGUAAUACUGUCUCUAACAUCCAGAGCUGUUUGAAGUCUAUGAGUGUCAUGGAACCUGACCUCAUAUUACAUCCCGUUCUUCAGCGUGCAGUGCCUUCGCUCGAGGCGCUUGUCGAGACUCAAAGGACGAUUGCCGUCAUAAAAGCCUUGGGUGCUGUUGCCCCAGCUAUCGUUUCUCGCGAGGUCUAUUAUCCGGGAGGCAAGUACCUUGUACCCAUACUACAGCUCCUGAUCCCUGGUAUCGAUCUGAAUGAUCCUUCAAAAACGCUUUGCACGACAGCUUUCUUGGUGGAAAUAUCUCAGUAUAUCAAGUUCGGUGACCUGACGAUGGGCGAAGAUCAGAUGUCCAGUGCCCCAGACAUUGAAGCCACUAUAUCCACUCGGACAAACUUGACUUGGCCGUCUUUUGCUAACGGUGAAUCUUCUGACCUUGUUGACGAAGAGCCGAGGCUCUCCAACGAAGACGAAGAUACGCUGUUGAGGGAUGCCACAGGAAAUUUCGCUGACUGGGUUUCAAGUUUCAUUCGUCGUGUGAUACAGCUGCUUGAGAAUCUGCCCGAUGAAGGUCCAAACGGGUCGUCUGGAGGGGCCGUUGAAGUGCAGGUGGUGGACGCUGUCGCCGGCGCUUGCAGUCAAAUCUGCGUCCAUCUGUCGGAGCCGCUGUUUGAUCUCGUCCUUAAUAUGGUCUUUGACUACGCGAGUACAAAUGUCCGACCCAACGCCGUUCGAGCUGUUCAUCAGUUAGUUGAGUGCAUAGCUAAUGCAGAUCCCGCCAAAACCUUGGCGAGGUUUCUACCAUUUUGCUCUCGGAAUAUCCGGACGGAGUUGGAGAAUGGUGCUUCGUCGCUUAGAACGACUUCAGACUCGACGCCUAUUCCCUCGGACGCUACUUUGCAUUGGAAUUUGGCCAUUUUGCGGGGUACUGUGUACAAUGACGGCAAGGCGAUAUUGAAAUAUAAGGAUGAAUUGAUGUCUUUACUUCAAUUGUUGCAUUCCAAGACGUACUCAAAACGCGGUUACUCUUGGUUGGGAAAAAUGUUGUCGAGCAUGCUUUUAACACUCACCCACACAUAUCCUUUGGAGAACAAAUUUGUAAAUCCAGAUGAAUGGAAGAGUGACGAAUUUCGGUGGAACCACCAUCGUCACUGGGGCAAACUCUACAAGCCCGAGGAGAUUGAGGUGUCAUGGCAUGUUCCGAAUGCGGAGGAAAUUGAUUUCGCCCUUCAAAUUUUCCGAGAACUGGUCGAGCCCGCUUUGUCAUGUCUUGAAGAAUUGUUGCUGCCAGAAGUUCCUCGUGAUGCUGUGUGGCGUAACGAUUUUUGUCGCCAUCUUACUCUCAUUCGGAACGCCUUUUCAGGGGUGCCCACUAUAGCGAAGGAAUACCUCUCCGAGGACGAUAUUCAGGCUUCUUGGCAAACAAGUGAUAUUCUAGAUGAGAUCCCCGAGAUGUUGGCGUCGGUAGAACCAAAGAAUGCCGGAUUUUGCUUGACAAAUCCCAGCGACCCUCGUUAUACGUAUAUUCGCGGUUUCAGACACAGAUUCGGGGUCUUCUUGCACAACGCGUCCAUAUCUCUACGUCAGCAAGGGGAAGAGAAUAGUGUUGAUGCUGUUUACACACUUAUACAAGCUUUCCGAGCCUACCUGCUUGAGUAUGGAGACAGUAGAGACAGUUUCUUUCUGAACGAAGAUCAGUUUAAUUCGGAAAAGAACGUCUCCCGUCAGUAUGCAAGACAAAAAGUGUGGCCCCGGGCAGUUUACGUCCGCAAAGCUAGGUAUCAGCAUGCCGCGAGGCUACGUUGGAAUUCAUUGGAACGUCUUAGAGGCCAGCUUGAAGAUAGCUUAAUCGAUGACCUCGUCGAAUGGUCUGUUUGGCAUUACUCAGUCAUAAGAGAGGCCAGCCAAAAUUUGCUCGAAAGCAUGUGUGGACUCUACGAUGGUGUUCGUCGACGAGCCCUUCCAGCGCUCUACAAGUCUUUAGAGCCCGACACCGAUGAUGACCGAAUGAAGGGAGCACUUUGGACUUUGAAUUUCCCUUCCUUUGGGCGAUACGCGAUUUCUGAGCCGGUCCUAGCUGCUACUUUAGUGCCGAAGCUUUUAUGCUGUCAACAUAAUGAAAAGCCUUCCAUCCAAGAUUGUGUCUCAGCAGUUUCCGAGAAUUGCAUCACAAGUUUUGUUGAGCCCUGCUACCUUGUUUACGAUGUUUCAUGUCCAGCAUUGGAAAGAGCCAUCAAACGUAUUAAAUCCAUGCUACCCUAUGACGCCAAGGAGGCAGACAUCACGAACCGUUGUCGGCAAGCUAGAAUAAAGCGAGUGCGCCUUAUGAAUGAAGCAGCUGAGCACACAACCUCGGAAGUCAUGAAAAUUGCCACUUCUCCCAAGACACAUUGGCGAUAUGAAAUUGCAGCCAUUCGAUGUUUGCGUACACUCCUUAGGCGUGACAUGCCUUUGACUCCGGAGCAAAUCCGGUUCUUUGUAGAGCGAACUCAUCAUAGCCAUCCAAGUGUCCGCUACUAUGCUCAACGUUCUGUCAUGAAGAGUUUGAGGAACCUCAAAUUACGCACCUUGUGUUCUAAUCCAGUAGACCUGUUCCUGGCUAGAAGCACAAAUCCAUUGAAAGAACAGAUUGUCGUCCAUCCAUCUCAGGCUUUAACAUCAAAGUUUCUAGCCGCCUACAAAGUUCCGUUUCAAUGGAGCCAAAAACAACCGAUAUUUCUAGACAUGUUCCUCCAAGGCUGGGUGGCUUGGAGUACACGUAUCGGUCUCUACAGACCACCAGACGCCGUCAAGUCGACAUUUCAGCCAUGGGAUCCAUCUAGCCAAGAGGCCAUCAAAGCACUGAGAUCAGUGACUACAGAUCCAUCAUACUGGAAGAACCUUUCAACGUACUUCUCAGAAGAAAAUCACGAGGUCUCGUUAACCCAAGACAACGUCUCUUGCGUUAAAUCGAUAUUCCAAGUGCUUGAGGAUGCCCCCCUUCCCGCCUUGAAACCUACAGUAGAAGCUCUGAUCAGUGAUCCAGAGUCAGACAAGCAGCGAGCGGCCGCGGAGUUAAUUGCUGGAGUGCUUGGAGGUUCGAAACAUUGGCCGUUGAACAAGCAGAAGAUGUUAUGGGCUUGGUUCAAGCCACUGAUCAAGCAAAUCAUCAAUACAAACCUGAAAUCCGAUACCCUUCUUGUCUGGACUUCAUUUUUGGAGUACAUAUUUUACAAAAAAGAUCCUCGACGAGUGCAGCCCAUUUUUGACUACCUCUUAGAGUUGUUCAAAACGAUGGACUACAACGCUGAACUGUCCUUCGACGUUGUCAAAAUUCUAUCUUUGUUCAGGACAUGCUAUGAAGAGCUUGGCUGGAAGUUCUCCGCAUGGAUGGACGAGGUGCUUCAGCGAUGUUGGAAGGAAAUAUACAGCGAACAUGACGAUGUCCGGACAUAUAUCGCCGAAAUUCUCUGUUUUGCAGAUAAGAUCAAGUGUACUCCCCGGCCCACAGUACCCACAACUGAAGUAUUUGUAAAAGAAUGUCGGAUGCUUCCAGCAGACUAUGACAUUAUGGGCAUGCGAGGCACAUAUCACAAACGGCGGAUCCUGGAGCUUGUCGACAACUUUAAAGUUUGGCGGGAGGAACGGAUUCCCGGUGUUCGUGCGUUCCAGUCCAAAUACGACCGAGUAGGUGUUAUGGUAUGCAAGUGGUUGUUCGAGUCGGUUCACGAUACACAUGCCAUCUCCGUCUUCGAUUACAUUCUACCACUCAUGCAUGAGCUCUUCUGUUUCACCGAAGUGAAUGACAACGACGAGCUCGCGAACCGGGCACACGUUCUUCUUGUGAGAAUGUGCGGUGUGACGCCUCCAAGGGCACUGAUAAAUCCUAUCCUGGAUGCUAUAUUUGAAGCUAUCCAGGCAUCACCGUCCUGGAAAGUCCGGCUGAAAGCUCUGCCUCUCGUCCAAGUAUUCUAUUUCCGCCAGGUCCCUCUGAUCAGCGAAGCCAAGGUGGUCGAAAUUCUUGAAGUUCUCUGUCAAUGUUUGGACGAUGAAGUGGUGGAAGUGCGUGAGAUGGCUGCUACCACGCUGUCUGGUAUACUCCGACUGUCACCUAGAAGGAGUGUGCUCAUCUUGAAGGAUCGCUUCGUCAAGCUAGCCAGGAAUAGUCGGAUUCCGAGUAGACAGGACCCCGAAUACAACUCAGCGAUACGCCGGCGACAUGCGGCUAUACUUGGAAUAUGCGCAUUGGUGGAUUCCUACCCUUACACCGUUGAAAAGUGGAUGCCUGAUUUGUUGACUACUAUUCUGGCUGAACACACAUAUGAUCCUAUACCCAUAUCUACUACUGUCCGCAAAUGUGCCAGUAAUUUCAAGCGGACACAUCAAGAUACCUGGCACGAAGACUCAAAACGAUUUGAUGAGGAUCAACUAUCCGCUCUGUCGACAUUGCUGACGGGAUCCUCUUAUUACGCAUGAUAUGCUAUGAAUCUAAUGCCCCAUGUGUUCAUAUACGUAAUUUAUUUAA